AUGGCCAAUCUGAAAACCACCGUUACGGACUUAAACUUCAUCGCCGUCGAAGAUCUUGAACCGCGGCCGAGUAAGAUCGAAGACGACAAUCUUUGCGAACAACAUUACAUUCAAAAUACCACUCGCGAUGAAUCAGGUCGUUACACCGUUAGGUUACCAUUCAAAGGCGAGAAAUUCGAACUCGGCCACUCAAAGGCCCUGGUGAUGAAACGUUUCAAGGCUUUGAAGCGAAAAUUCGAAGCAAAUCCAGCCCUGAAGGAAGCUUACGAGAAGGAGAUCAACAACUACCUGGAGUUAGGCCAUAUGACGCUGUGUGAGGACGACGACGAAAGCGGUUACUACCUCCCUCACCACGCGGUCAUCAAGGAGUCAAGCGAAACAACCAAGUGCAGAGUAGUUUUCGAUGCGUCCGCAAAAACCUCGACCGGUAUUUCACUGAACGAUGUUCUGCUCGCAGGUUCGACUCUUCAGGACACUCUCGUCGAGCAGAUCAUUCGCUUCCGAUCGCACCCCUUCGUUCUAACUGCGGGCAUUGAAAAAAUGUAUCGGCAGGUCUGGGUUCACCCUGACGACAGGAAAUAUCAGAAAAUACUCUGGUACUACAACGGUCGAAUAAUGGUUUUCUACAUUAACACUGUAGUCUUCGGAAUCAAAAGCGCCCCCUUUCUAGCUAUCCGCACGCUGCACCAGUUGGCCAGGAAUGAGGAAGCUAAAUUUGCACGAGCUUCGCUGCUUCUAUGUCGCGACUUCUAUGUCGACGAUUUUCUUUCAGGAGCUGAGACAUUGGAAGAGCUGCUGGCGAUUCGUGACGAGAUGAUCCAACUUCUGAGACGUGGAGGUUUUACCAUUCGAAAAUGGUCUUCGAACCAUCCGUCUGCUUUGGACAACAUCGACAAGAAAAUCUUCGAACUGGAUUGCGGGGUUCAACAGUCUGCAGUCAAAAAGACGCUCGGGAUAGUCUGGGAUUCUGAACGCGAUAUAUUCACGUACUCGUGCGAUCCGGAAAAUACGGAGUUUGUUUCUGUCGAGAGAGCGCGCCUUCAGUAG